AUGGGGAAAGUUCAGGAGUUUGAGGUCGCGUUUGACAAAAAUAAAGUGGUGUACAGUCCUGGAGAGUCUAUCACAGGAACCGUGACUGUUAAACUUGGCCAGCAGCUACAAUGUAAAGCCGUCAAAGUGAACUGCAACGGUUUCUGCGGCAUCACCAGCAAAGUGAACGACACAGCUUGGACGGUGGAGGAGCAGUACUUCAACAGCACCGUCUCCAUCGCAGACAAAGGAACCCUGAAACAAGGAGAACACACGUUUCCUUUCAAGUUCCUCAUUCCAGUCUCUGCUCCAACAUCCUUUGAAGGCAACUACGGUAAGAUUGUGUACAGAGUGAGAGCUUUCAUCGACACGCCUCGAUUCGCCAAAGACUACAACACAGAGAAAGCCUUCUUCCUCCUCAGCCUCUUCAACCUCAACCAAGUGCCAGACAUAUGGGGUACCUGUUCCUCUGCAGUGACCCAGCAGUUCACCUACAUGCUGGUGAAGACGGGCACGGUGGUCCUGAAGGCCCAAACCGACAUGAAGGGCUACACACCAAGUCAGGUCAUCCAGGUGACGGCCAACAUCCACAAUCAAUCGGGCAAGAGCACGGGCAACAUAAUGGCCAGUCUGAUGCAGAGAGUAACCUACGAGACCAAAAAGCCCACCCAUGAUUUGAGGGCAAUAGCCGAGGUGGAGGGAGGUACGGUGAAGGCCGGCAAGGAGGUGGAGUGGAAGGAGCAGAUCAUUGUCCCUCCUCUUCCUCAGUCCUGCCUCGCUGGAUGUGAACUUAUAAAGAUUGAAUAUUUUGUUAAAGUCAGUCUGAAGUUUCCAGACGUCAUGUUAACGUUACCGCUCCACAUUGGCAACGUCUCCCUGGACAAAAAACUUCAACCGUCCAAGAGAGCAGCUCCUCCUCCUUCCUCCGCCCCCGCCGAACCCACACCAACCCCCGCCUCAGCCCCUGACGCCUCCUCCCCCCCGGCCUCAGCCCCUGACACCUCCACUUCUGCCACCACCCCCACCUUACCCCCUCGGCGCGCCCCGAAACCCGCUCCCCGCCCGGCCCCCCGCGCCAGAUCAUCCUCCCAUAACAACAUCCCCAGUGCUCCUCCGGCAGAGUUCUACGAGGGAGCGGAGGGGGGCGCGGCCAUGAGCGAUGGCGUCCCCAACAAGCGCCAGUCUCUGCUGGUGUCGCCCAACGCCUUCAGCUACGCCCCCGGCCUCUUCUUCCCCCAGAACCAGCAGCCCAGCGCACCCGCUGCAGGGCCCGGUGGACCCCCAUUCAGCGGCCCCACAGGGGCCACAUCACUUUAUCCUCCUCUGAACAAUGUCAGCCCGAUGCCAGCCUCACACAUCCUGCCUCCAGACUACGGCACCUCUGCAUAUCCACAAGAGGCUCCUCCUUCCUACGACGAGAGCUUCAACACAUGAAGUGUAAGGAGAACCGCAACAUCUGGACGACCGUCAAUUCACUCCGAUAUCUAAACGAGAUGUUGAACUAUAAACAGUUCUGCCAUUAAAGAAAAAAAAGAAGUUCAUCACUGACUCGGAUGAAACGAUCACAAGCAGAACCUAACAUGCUUUUAUUUCUGAACGUCCACACAUGAUCAACAUUUUGAAUUGAGAUGAAAGUGAGUUGAGCUGGAACUCUUCUGGCCAGUGAUCAAGUACUAAUCACACACACACACACACACACACACACACACACACACACACACACACACACAGCCAAUCACCACUCACCACUUUUUUCUGUAUGCUGUCAGCACUUUGAAUAAAAUGAAAGUUAAAGCUAAUAACCAGAUUUUAUAUGUACAGUAGCAGGAGUGGAGGUUUUAGUUAGGAGUCCCUUUUUUAGAUGACAUCUGUGAUGUCAAGUGACAAAGUUUUAUGUUUCCGAGCAGAAAUAAUGCAUCUCAUCUCUGUGUAGUUUCAUAUCCAGAUCAUUUUCUAACCUCAAAAAAAUAAAAUGAAAACUGUGAUUAUUAUUUUUUCAUAAUGGGAAUCAGGUGAAAUGAUCUGUUCUGAGUUGGAAUAUUAGAUGAGAUGAAUUCUUCACAAGGAUUUCUUUUAUUUACAUUUUAUUAUGACAUCAUGAUUUGUACUCUUCCUCCUUUUAUAGAGGGAAUAUCCUUCACCUGUUCAAUAUGUGUUGGCUCAUUAUACGUCGGAGCCUUUUUUUCUUUUUUUUUGAUUUGUGAAGUAUUAACUGUGAUUUGAAGUUUUAUCUGGUCUUUCAUGGAGUAGUUCACAUCAUGUUAAUUAGCAU